AUGGGAAAGCUCCAAAGGUUGGAUAACAGAAUACAAGUUAUGCUCCAUAGCGGAGUUGAUGAAAACCACAGGACGCUUCUUAUCAUAGUGGGUGAUAGAGGUCAGGACCAGACACCGAAAAAGGAAUCUGAAGCUCCUGAAGCAGGCAUCGUUAGUGAAGGCACUGUUUUUGAGCAGUUUAUUUGCUCUACGGAAAUUCGCUGGUGCUAUUACCAUGAAACGCACAAGAUCCUCGGCCAAACUUUUGAUAUGUGCAUUCUUCAGGAUUUCGAGGCAUUGACGCCAAAUACACUAGCACGAACUAUCGAAACAGUGGCUGGCGGAGGACUUGUUGCAUUCCUUCUGAAGUCUAUGGAUUCCCUGCGGCAGCUAUGUACGAUGGCAAUGGAUGUACACGCUCGCUACCGCACCGAGGCUCAUGCCGAUGUUGUUUGUCGGUUUAAUGAACGAUUCCUUCUUUCACUGGCACACAAUCCGAGAUGUAUUGUCUUAGAUGACAGAUGGAAUAUUUUGCCAAUAUCUAAGACAGUUAUAAACAACUUGGGAAGCGUGCCCAGUUCUACUCAUAAAGAAUUCAUUUCGAAGGAGCAAGAAGAACUGUCGAAGCUGAAGCUUCUUCUGAGUGAGGAUGGUUCAUACUUUGCUCCAUUGGUUACUCUGUGCAGAACGUUAGAUCAGGCUAAAUCCCUUUUACAGUUCUGCUCAGCCCUUUUGGAUGUCACGAGCUCUUUUGAAAAUUCAAAAGCCAAUACCGAAAAGAAAGGUCGACUCGAUGAGAAGCUAAACUCGUUCGAUUCCUCAACACAAAAUCUCAUCAACACUCUUUCAAAUGAUGAUACUUCUAGACGAGCCCGAUCGUCAAAGGCCUCGUCUGCAGUUGUAGUGAUGACGGCCGCACGCGGUCGUGGCAAGUCUGCCGCAUUGGGUCUUGGUCUUGCGGCUGCUUUCGAUGCUGGACUUCCCAACAUGUGUGUCACCGCUCCCAGUCCCGAAAACCUGUUGACUCUGAUGCAGUUUGUACUAUUAGGUCUAAAGGCCUUAAAAUACGAGGAGCACGUGGAUUUCACCGUGUUUCGAUCUACUGAUGCCGAACACAACAAAGCCGUUGUCCGCAUAGAGGUACGGCGACGAAAUUAUCGACAGACCCUUCUCUACUUACCCCCAUGGGAAGCGGCUGUCGCUGUUGGGUCAAGUUGGCAACCGGAUCUGUUUUGUAUUGACGAGGCUGCCGCGAUUCCUCUUCCGUCGGUUCGACAGAUGAUUACUGGACCUAAGUUGGUGUUUAUGGCGUCCACUGUGAAUGGCUACGAGGGCACCGGACGUUCGCUCUCCGUAAAGCUAAUCCAACAACUACGUUCCGAAUGCAAACGCGUUGAGGCAUCAUCUGUGCUGUCCAAACAGAGGCCAAAUGAUACGAACGUCGGGAAAAGUUUGUCAUCAGUAAACAACUCACGUCUUCUCUACGAGAUUACUCUGGUGGAGGCCAUACGUUAUGCUAACGGCGACCCUGUAGAAACUUGGCUGAAUAAUCUUCUCUGCUUAAACUGUGACGCUCCAGCUCAUCACAUAUUUUGUCUCCUGGCGCCUUAUGACCCUACAUCGGGCCGAGUUCCAGAGAUACUUUGCGUACUGCAGGUUUGCCUCGAAGGACGCAUUAACCGUGACAUUGUGAUGCGCGGACUCGCGCGUGGUCUUAAACCAUCCGGUGAUCUAAUUCCCUGGACUAUAAGCCAGCAGUUUUGUGAACCCAACUUUGGAGAGUUGUCUGGGGCUCGUGUGGUUCGCAUCGCUACUCACCCUGACUAUCAGGGCCUUGGCUAUGGAUCACGGGCGCUGAAGUUGCUGCACGACUACUACAUGGGAAAAAUCGCCGUCACAACUGUGCCGGCUGCCCAGCUAGCCAGCAAAGACUCACCGAAGAAGUCGAAAAAAGCUGAAAAGGUGUCCACCAAUGACGACGACAGUGAUAAUGAGACAGAUGAGGAGGAGGAGGAAGAGGAUGAAGAGGAGAUUCCGGAUGAUCUCUCGGUCUCCAGUGACGAGCUCCCCGCCGCGAAAAAGAGAAAGCAUGAAGGUGUAGAAGACACAACGGGUUCCUCCAAACUUCUCACUGAGAAGGUUGAACGUCGCGGUUCCUCCAGUCUUCCACCCCUGCUAAGUCGGUUGUGUGAGCGGAAGCCUGAGAAGUUGAAUUACCUUGGCGUCUCGUUUGGAGCAACCCCGAAGCUCAUCCGUUUCUGGAAGAAGGCUGGCUAUCUGCCCGUUUACCUUCGACAAACCAUGAACGACCUGACCGGCGAGUUCUCUUGCAUCAUGCUGUCGGAGCUCAGACACGACGGUAAAGAGGGCGUAGAUGUUGAUUGGCUGAAAGAAUUCUACCUUGAUUUUUGCAGGCGGUUCAUCAAACUGCUUCCCGGUCCCUUCCGACAACUUGAUGCCGUCUACUCACUAGAACUCCUCAGCUCCAAGGUUGCUCAUUCGUGGUCCUUUACAGAGGCUAAGGGUUCGGAACUGCGCCUCCUUUUUUCCGAGCUUGAUAUGGAACGUCUCCACCGGUAUCUUCGAUCCCUGCUCGACUUCCCUAUGGUGUCUGACCAAUUGCCUGAGCUCUCCAGCCUCUACUUCCUUCAUCGUUUCCCCGAA